CACUUUAGCAACGUCAGAUCUCUCAGACAAGGGCUUGUCCGAGUCAGCAGCGGAGGCCCUUGUCACAUACGCAGAGUAUCUGCCGCAAACAUCCCCAAACCAUGUCAGCUCCCUUUUCGGAGCAAAUGGCAAUGGACUUGGGGACAGCAACAGUGUUGGAAACAUGCUCUUUGACCGAUUCAUCUUUGAGCUUGGCGCAUCGGAUGGUCACCGUGGUGGUGAUGGCUGUGGUGUCGGCUUCGCCGCUGAGCAGCCUGAGGGAUCUGUGGAGGACAUUCUCCGUCUUGUGGUGGGUUCUCAGUCAGAAUGGAGGCCUGAUCAGCAGGCACCAGGUAUCGCGCAUUGCGCGUGGGAUUUUGGACUACAACAGCAACAGCAACAGCAGCAGCACUCCGCGCACUGAUAGCAUGAAGAAUUCCUUCAACGUGGCUGGAGGGACAGCAGCUGGAGGGAAGCUGUCGGCCGUGAUGAUGGGGGCUGCUGGAUCUCAUGCACCUGGAGUUAAUAGUGGUGAUGGGAUGGCGAGCCUUCGGCUGGUGGCUGCUUGGCUUGGGUCUGGGUCGCGCACCGCAGCGGCUUUUCGCCGUGUCGUGGGGAACGGCCCGGUCGACCAGGUCAGCGCUUUGGUUGCCCAACUGCUUGUGGCUGCGCGCUCAAUGGAAGGACGUGCUGGCCAUGUGUAUGUGGACAACCUAGCCUGUAAUAAGAAAAACACUUUGUUUUAUGCUCCCUAUUGAGCCUUUUUUUCAUUUUUUUCAUUUUUUCAUUUUCUAUUUUCUAUUUUCUAAUUCCAAUUUUCCAAUUUUCCAAUUA